GUCAAGAAGUAUAGUGGUAUACAAUCAUAGCGCACGAAAAACAAAGACGGUGAAAAUAUUGUCUGUAUUAAGAAGAGAGAACAGAAAAGCAUGUGUGCGCACGCUUAAGAAUAAAAAAGAUAGUAACAGAGUGCAAAGGCGGGAGAGGGAGGGAAUAGAGGCGUGCAUCAAAGCAGUACGACAGGACAUAGAACGGCCGCUGCCGUGGUGUUUGGGCUCGGCUCGGUUGUACCGCAUCCGUUAUGACGAUACAAUAAUCCAGCGCUUAGCGCUGUGACUGUGUAAUACUUGCCACUAUACGUUAUUGACAUUUAUAUUUCAUGAAAAAUUUGGCGAUAACAUAAUGGAAGUGCAUUGUUUUCUAAUCUGAUUGGUAAACUGUUUCUUCGUUGAUCGUUACAGUUUUUUCGUACGCCAUGUGCCAUUGCUCUUUGUAUAUUUCCUUUCUCUUUCGAUCAUACUUGGUUAAAUUUUCAUAAAAAUAUUCGUGCAACUAGUUACCGGUGAAUGAUUUUAAUAAAAAUUUCUAUUAGUGAUACUGGUGUUUUGUGCUAGUGCAAGUGCGGAGAAUAAUUUCCUUCUUUCUAUAUUUUCACAUUUUUGUCGGGUUUAAAUUGAAAGUCAUAAUAAGAACAAUAACGGGAGAAGCAGAAAAGGGGAUAGACAGUGGAUUUGCUGAGCUCAAAUAGGAAAGAUAUCUCGCAAGGAGCGCAAGUGGCGUAUCAAGAUGGCGCAUAAUUUGGCACCGAGCGUCAACUGUUCGCUCGACGACAUUGAUCUGAACGCUUUGAAGGAACCUGCAGGUAUCUUUGAAUUAAUCGAAGUUGUUGGAAAUGGAACCUAUGGCCAAGUUUAUAAAGGUCGACAUACCAAAACUGGUCAAUUGGCAGCCAUCAAAGUUAUGGAUGUUACGGAAGAUGAAGAGGAAGAAAUCAAAUUAGAAAUAAAUGUAUUAAAAAGGUAUUCGAAUCACAGAAAUAUAGCAACAUAUUAUGGUGCCUUCGUGAAGAAGUCAUCACCAGGAAAAGAUGAUCAGUUAUGGUUGGUUAUGGAAUAUUGCGGAGCUGGCUCCGUUACAGACCUUGUCAAGUCAACUAAAGGUCAGAGUUUAAAAGAGGAAUGGAUUGCUUAUAUAUCACGGGAGAUAUUGAGAGGUCUUAGUUAUCUUCACAGCAAUAAGGUUAUACAUAGGGAUAUCAAAGGACAAAAUGUUUUGUUAACUGAUAAUGCGGAAGUUAAACUUGUUGAUUUUGGGGUUAGUGCACAAUUAGAUCGGACAAUAGGUAGAAGAAAUACAUUUAUUGGAACACCAUAUUGGAUGGCACCAGAAGUAAUAGCCUGUGAUGAAAAUCCUGAUGCUACAUAUGAUAAUAGAAGUGAUCUUUGGUCAUUGGGAAUUACCGCUUUAGAAAUGGCUGAAUCACAACCUCCACUUUGUGACCUUCAUCCGAUGCGGGCUUUAUUUCUGAUCCCACGUAAUCCGCCACCAAGACUCAAAUCGAAAAAAUGGGCGAAGAAAUUCCACGGUUUUAUUGAAACGGUUUUAGUAAAAGAUUAUCAUCAACGGCCGUAUACAGAGCAACUCCUUAAACAUCCGUUUAUUCGGGACCAACCAACCGAAAGACAAGUUAGGAUACAACUUAAAGAUCAUAUUGAUCGCUGUAAGAAGCGUAAACAGGAGAAAGAAAGAGACGAUUACCGAUAUAGUGGUAGUGAGAAUGAAGAAGAUGAGCCAGCAUUAGCUGGUGAAGCGUCAUCCAUUGUUCAAGCACCUGGUGGUGAUACUUUGCGUAGAAACUUUCAACAAAUUCAGGAAGGUAGAACUUUAACUCAAGAAGUAAAUCCACAACCAUCCGCUGCUAAAGAGAAACCAAGUAACAGAGCUCAAAGAGAUAUACCAGAACCAGGACCACCUGCACGUCCUGCUAUACCACAUAGAUUAAUCGUAGUUCCAGAUCCACAACCGCCAUCUCGGCCAUUACCUCCAACACCUAGAGAUGAUCCACGACAACCUCAUAAAGUUUCGACACCGCCAUCUAAUCAUCAACCUCUUAUUGGUGGAAGUGGUAGUGGCGGUUCUGGUGGUCAAGCUGCAUCGCAAAGAAACAGUCAUGUAUUUAAACCUAUGCUGCCUCCAAGGAAACCAGAGGACUUGGACAUGCUGGCCGCUCAACUCAACGAGCUUGGUGUGUCACAGGGCCCAGAGGCCCCGCCAAGGCCGAACAGGCAGCAUAAGGCUGCAUCAUCAACAUCCAAUUCCGGUCAACCUGCAAGCAGCAACGAUCAAAACAAUAAGCAAAUGCCACAGUCUUCCAGUAUACUUGAUCAAGCUUUGUCUGUUGAAAGCGACAGUGAUGACGAUCUUGAAGAUGCAGGAGGAAAUAAUGCAAGGAACGACGGUACACUGCUUGCUAGUGACCCACCGAAACCUUUACCCGAAUUUUCUCCUUUCAGACCAUCCGCGGACCCAUCGUCGACGUCGUCGCACAAUGCUCAAAACUCUCACCUCGAAGGUAAGCCGAAAGGUGGAGCACCAAAUCGACCUCUUCCACCUACCCCUGAUGAAGAAGAAUCAGGAGAUCGUACGCUAGUCAUGAAAAGGAAACUUAGUCAGAUGUCAGACGAUCGCGGCACAGCUAACAACAAUCGGCGCUUCGAGGUGGAGGAGCAACUUCUACUGAAGGAGUGGGAUUUCACCCGCUUCUUUCAGGGUUUUAAUGAACGAUUGGAUAAAAUGAAACAAGAACCAUCGCAAGAGACAACAGAGGCGAGCAAGUCUAUUAACGAGAAUCACCUUUCUUCGUCGUCCACGGAGAAAACGUUAAAGAGGCAGGAACAGUUGUCAUCUCGUAGGAAGCAUGAGAAUCAUUCGCAGCAACAACAGCAUCAUCAAAAGCAGCAGCAGCAGCAGCAGCAGCAACAGCAGCAGCAGCAGCAGCAGCAGCAGUUGAAAGCAGCGCAUAGACGACAAGAAAGCGAUUCGAAGCUUGGCAACACAUCCAGCGCUUUUGCACGUGCUUUCCGCCGCGAGAAUUCCGACUUCUUCCCCUCCGCGAGACACUCUGCAUAUUUACAGAAGUCAGACUCUUCGAGAUCGAGUAUAUUCUCAAGUGGUAACCGGCGUGGCAGCGAGAUAAGCGUUGCUGGCAUUACUGGGAAAAAAGGAAAUGCCGUCAGUACCGGUGAGCCGGUUCUCACAGACUUUUCGUUCGGUCGUGAUGGCCUUCAAAGGCCUAGAAGGGAAAAAACCGAGAGCGAGAUCGUUUUCGGUAGUAGAUACGAUGCCAGAAAAUUCGACUUUGGACGUGAUAAAGACGACACUACGAGAAGACGCAGUUGUAGACCAUCAGAUGCUGUUUCUGUCACCGUUGACGAAGCAGGAACUAUUAAAUCUACGGCCAGUACAACGGCUAGCGAGUACAGCCCCAUUGUCACCCAGAAUCGGGAAAGUGGUGAUCGUUCGAGAGGUGGCGGCAGUGGCAGUGAUUUUCAGAGAUCGGAUUCAUCACCUGGAUCUCGGCCCAGUUCCGUUUUACCGGAUCUUCUUACUUCGUCACCAGGUCAACGACAGGACAAAACAACCAGUGAAGAGUAUCGGCAAGCAGUUAAAUCACCGCAACCACUUGCAUUUCAACAGAAGCAGAGAUCUUUUCUGACCUUUGGGUUCGGUGCGGGACCAGCUAGAAGGGAGUCUCAUGUAAAUGUUAACGUAACACCAACGAGUCACGAUCUAGCUUCUGACACCCCCGAAAUACGUAAAUACAAGAAACGAUUCAACAGUGAAAUUCUCUGUGCUGCACUUUGGGGAGUUAAUCUACUAAUUGGCACUGAGAACGGACUUGUGUUGUUGGAUAGAAGUGGUCAAGGCAAAGUAUAUCAGUUAAUAAGUAGAAGACGGUUUCAACAAAUGGAAGUUCUUGAAGGACAAAAUAUUUUGGUAACAAUUAGUGGAAAAAAGAAUCGAGUACGGGUAUAUUAUCUUUCUUGGCUUAAAAGUAAAAUCUUGCGAACCGAUGGACAUAGCGAUCAAGUUGAACGACGUAAUGGCUGGAUUAAUGUUGGCGAUCUUCAAGGUGCAGUACAUUUUAAAAUAGUCAAAUACGAGAGAAUAAAAUUUCUUGUCAUUGCACUAAAAGAUUCCAUAGAAAUUUACGCUUGGGCACCAAAACCUUAUCAUAAGUUCAUGGCUUUUAAGUCAUUUGGCGAACUAGCGCAUAGACCAUUACUUGUUGAUCUUACUAUAGAGGAAGGUACAAGAUUGAAAGUUAUUUAUGGCAGUGCUGAUGGUUUCCAUGCCGUUGAUUUGGAUUCAGCUACGGUUUAUGAUAUUUAUCUGCCAAAACACACUCAGGGUCCUAUUUGUCCACAUUGCAUCGUGGCAUUGCCAAAUAGUAAUGGCAUGCAGUUACUGCUUUGUUAUGAUAACGAGGGUGUAUAUGUAAACACUUACGGUAGACUUUCCAAGACCAUGGUUCUUCAAUGGGGCGAAAUGCCUACUAGUGUUGCAUACAUUGGUACCGGACAAAUUAUGGGCUGGGGUAACAAAGCUAUUGAGAUUAGAAGCGUAGAAAGUGGACAUCUUGAUGGUGUGUUCAUGCAUAAGAAAGCUCAACGGCUCAAGUUCCUUUGCGAGCGUAAUGAUAAGGUAUUUUUCUCGUCAGCUAAAGGCGGAAGUGCAUGCCAGAUUUACUUCAUGACAUUAAAUAAACCUGGCAUGGCUAACUGGUGAUCCCGAAUAAGGCCAAAUCUGGCCCUCAAAUUAUCUUUACAAAUAAGGACACAAAAUCUUUCUCGUGUAUCGAGAUAUGCAUCAUCGCCAUUCAUGUUAAUUCGUUCUUCACUGCCAGGAUUUAACGCCAUGGAGAGCAGACAAUGUUAUUAUUGGAAUCAACAACAUUAUCAA